AUGGAGAAUUUUGAAGAGCAUAUUCGCCAUAUUUUGCUUUAUUACUUCAAAAAAGGGAAGAAAGCAACUGAAGCAAGGGAAGAGUUGCGUCAAGUUUACGGCAGAAAUGUCAUCGAAAAACGUCAGUGCCAGAACUGGUUCGCCCGAUUCCGUGGUGGUGAUUUUUCAGUUAAAGACGCUCAUCGCUCCGGUAGGCCUUCCGAGAUUGAUGACGAUAAAAUUAAGGCAUUGGUGCAAGCAAAUAAGCAUUCAACGGUUCGGGAGCUUGCUACCGCUUUAAAAGUGUCCAUUGGAAGUGUUCAUGGCCAUUUGAAAUCGCUUGGUUUCGUGAAGAAGCUCAAUGUUUGGGUACCGCAUCAGUUGAAAGAAAUUCAUCUGACGAAGCGUAUGAACGUCUGCGAUCAACUCACCAAACACGAAGAAAACGAUCCGUUCUUGAAGCGUAUGAUCACGGGCGACGAAAAAUGGAUUGUCUACAACAAUGUGAGCCGAAAAAGGAGUUAG